AUGGAAGGAGAGGGAGGAGGAGAAGAAGGUAGUGGUGGUUAUGGUGUUUAUGGGCUUAUAAAUAACACACAACCACACCAUCCUCAUCAUCACCAUCAAAAUAUGCAUAGAACAGGUCCUCCAUUGACAGCCAUAGACAGGUUCCUGUGGGGAAGCCAGAGCAAUUUCUCUCACCAAAACAAUGCAAGCAGCAAAGCAAAUGUGGUUUCCACAAAUGGGUUGUUAGGUUUUUCUUCUUUUGGUGGUGCAAUUGGCCAUGAGGCUUCUUGUUGGCCUAGCUAUGGUGCUGGUGCUCAAUAUCCCCAAGAGGUAAGCUUUCUGGAUGGGCUUUUGGGUGAUCAUGGAGAGGCCUUGAUGAUGUCUUGGAGUGGCCAGGCAGAGAAAAACCCUAAUACUGGUUUCAUAGAAGAAGCAAAGGUUUCAGAAAGGAGGGUGGGAAAGAGAGCUAGAAAAGGUUUAACUGCUGCAGCUUUAAUAAAGGGACAGUGGACUGAUGAAGAAGACAGGAAGCUGAUCAGGUUGGUGAAGCAAUAUGGAGUGAGAAAAUGGGCACAGAUAGCUGAGAAGCUGGUGGGUAGGGCUGGCAAGCAGUGUCGAGAGAGAUGGCAUAAUCAUUUGCGCCCUGAUAUCAAGAAAGAUAGCUGGACUGAAGAGGAAGAGACGAUACUUGUGGACGCUCAUACUGAGGUUGGGAACCGUUGGGCAGAGAUUGCGAAACGCAUUCCUGGAAGAACCGAAAACGCCAUCAAGAACCAUUGGAAUGCCACAAAAAGGAGGCAGAAUUCAAGGAGGAAGAACAGGCAGGCAGAGGGGAAAGAUGGAAACAACAACAAGAAGCCUCAGUCUUCCAUACUCCAAAACUACAUCAGGAGCAAGAACCUCAUGAGCAACAACAACAAUAAUAAUAACAACAACUCCUCCCCAAAUGUUUCCACUAUGAGCAACAACACCCCAACCAGUUCUUCCACUCUCUCUCAUGAAAACCCAUCAAAAACCCACCUCAACAUUUUGGCCACAGAGCCAUCUGACCAUUCCACAACUAGCAAUUCCUGUGACUCUCCUUUGAAUUUGGGUGAUACAUUAUACAACGAUGAGGAGCUUCAUUUCAUGCAAACUUUCUUCACCAACAAUGUUCACACUUUCAAUCCUCAUCAGCAGCAGCCAUCCCAUUCCAUUGACAGCAGCAACAACAGCAACAACAUUGGCCUAAUUGUUAGUCCAGUGGAGCCUACACAAAAUGCUAUUAAUCCCACUACUUCUACUACUCCUACCCCCCUCUACUCUGACCUUUACCUUUCAUACCUCUUAAAUGGGACAGCCAACUCAUCAUCAUCUUUUAGUUCCACUGAUCAUCAUCACUUGGGUUUUUACAACACAAGCAUGGAAUAUUUGAUGGCACAUGAUCAAUAUCAUGAAGCUUCUGCUGCUGCUGCUUCUUCAAAUGAAAAGAGAGAGAUGGAUUUGAUAGAGAUGGUUUCUUCUUCUCAAUUUGCUCAGGGUGCCAACAGAACCAGCUUCUGA